AUGAAUAAUCAACGUGAAUUAAAUCGAUUUUUAACAAGAUUCCCUCAAUCACAUCCUAUUCAUCAAUGUGUAGUAGCAACAGAUCCACAACGUUUGCUUCAUUUUGGAUUAUAUUAUCGUCAACAUCGUAGUGAUGGUUGGCAUCGUAAUAGAAUUUGUUUAUUAGAGGAUUCAUGUCAUGCAACAUUACCUUAUGUUGGACAAGGAGCAAAUAUGGCAAUUGAAGAUGCUAUAUCACUUGCAAUGUGUUUAGAAAAAUAUAAUUUUCAAAUGGAACCAGCAUUUCAAGAAUAUUAUAGAAAACGUUUUAAUCGAACAAAAUGUGUUGUAAACAUGUCACGUUAUCUGGGUUUAUUUUCUCAUUCAAUAAAACAACGUGUGGUACCAUGGUUUGUAAAAUCUGAUAUGAUGAUUAAAAUGGUUGAAAAAGAAUUGUAUGAAAAUUGUCCUGUUCCUAUUGAAAAGAAGAAUAUGGUUAAAUAA